AUGGCUCCCAGAAAAGCCGCAUCCAGCGCGAUAGCUGCUCGCUCACAGACAGCCACCAAGUCCAAAGUGACAAAAAAGACAGCCCAAGAACCCACGAAGAAGGCAUCCACCAAUGCUACAGCUCCAAAAGCGAAACCUGGGCCCAAACCUGGCUCAAAAAGGACAAAAUCAGUUGAAAAAAAUGAGCAAGUCAAGGUGAACGGAGUCUCGCACGCUACAGACAGCGACAACGAGGAGGUUGAUAAAGUCGACGUGUCUAAGAAGCGCAAAGCGGUUGCCGAUGAGGUUGCGACGCGCGAGCCUAAGAAAGCCCGAGUCGUCAAAGCUCCCGUCGUCAAGCCCAAGGUCGUCAUCAAUCACCCCCCUACGCAGCGAUUGAACGUCUAUGUCUGCGGCGAAGGAAGCUCCGGAGAACUUGGUCUUGGUGCCGCCAAGAACGUUGUUGACGUGAAGCGUCCUCGUCUCAACCCGCUCCUCCCUGCGGACAAGGUUGGCGUGGUCCACAUUGCCACCGGCGGCAUGCACUGUGUUGCACUCACGCAUGAUAAUAAGCUAUUGACUUGGGGCGUCAAUGACCAGGGAGCGUUGGGUCGCGACACUACUUGGGAUGGAGGCUACAAGGACAUUAAAGAAGGUGAUGAGGACGACUCAGACUCGGAUUCCGACAGCGAUAGUGGCCUGAACCCCCUCGAAUCGACUCCUGCGGCCGUUCCGUCCGAGUAUUUCCCCGAAGAUACUGUUUUUGUCCAGGUUGCUGCAAGUGACAGUGCUAGUUUCGCUCUGACCGAUGUUGGAUCUGUCUAUGGCUGGGGUACAUUUAGAAGCAACGACGGCAUCCUGGGUUUUGACGGAGAAUCUACAGUCCAAAGAACUCCCGUCCUCUUACCCACCCUCAAGAAGAUCAAAUCCAUUACCUGCGGUGCCAACCACGUGCUCGCUCUCAACGACAAAGGCUCGGUCUUCGCAUGGGGUUCCGGCCAACAGAACCAGCUUGGCCGCCGUAUCAUCGAGCGCACCAAAAUUAACGGCCUACAGCCCCGGGAAUUCGGUCUGCCCAAAAAUAUGGUGGGCUUAGGAUGCGGCUCUUACCACUCCUUCGCCAUCCACAAGUCCGGCAAGGUCUACGCGUGGGGUCUCAACAGCUUUGGCGAGACAGGCAUCAGGAUGGGCGCGGGUGACAGCGAAGCGGCCAUCCUUCACCCGCUCGUCGUCGAGUCCCUGAAAGACAAAGACAUAAUUCAAAUCUGCGGUGGCGCGCACCACUCCCUCGCCCUCACAGCCAAGGGCGAAUGUCUAGCCUUUGGGCGUCUUGAUGGCUUCCAGACCGGUCUGAAAAUCGAUUCUUUACCGGAAUCAUCUAUUAUUCGUGAUGAUAGGAAUGCACCCCGCAUUCUCAUUACGCCCACUGCUAUUCCCGGUAUUGACGCUUGCCAUAUCGGCAGUGGAAGUGAACAUUCCAUCGCUAUCGAUAAGGAUGGGCGUGCAUGGUCGUGGGGCUUCUCUGCCAACUAUCAAACCGGCCAGGGGACUGAUGAGGAUAUCGAAGUCGCGUCCAUCGUGGAGAACACUGCUGUGCGCGGGAAGCGUUUGAAUUGGGCGGAUGCUGGUGGGCAGUAUUCAGUCUUCACUGAGAUCGCUGCCACGACGACAAAUACUUGA